UGUCAAGCUAUUUCAGAAGGGGGGAGUGUCGGCCUAUUCUCAUUGGAUCCGUUUUAUCCGCGAGUAUCUCAUGAAGUGCGAGUGGGAGGAGAAUUUCCAGCAACUGAGGAUAUCAAAAAUAAACCCCCUCAUGUCCAGGGAAGAGCAGAAAGUAUAAAUACCCGCGAUAUGUCCAGACUGCAGCGGUGCUGGUGAGUGGUACAACAAGACUUAGCUUGGUUAGGGAAUUAGAAACGACAACUGAGACAGAUUCAAAUUAAAUACCAGACAUACUUUGACCAAGACUGGCUUUACAGCACUGGGAAAUCACUUUUAAUUUGAAAAGAUCUCUGAUUUGAGGAGAUACUCCUUCGACUGGAGAAGACGCGCCACUUAACCAGAGAUAAAGGACAUACAUUGUAAUAAAUUCUUUUUUUACCACUCGAGUGCAGUUUCCAUUGCAGAAGAUGUGUUUCACUGUGUGUUCGAUCUUUUCACUCCUGUGCGUAAUGAACGCUGCACUUUCCACUCCAUUUGAAUCAGAGGAUAUUGUACCUGUUCGGAUAAAUGGAAGAAUCAGCGGUCGCUUUUGGAAAAGAAGCGAGGAACAGCCUAGAUUUAUCCUCAGUGCAUUUGGCAAGGACUUGACUCUAAAUCUUAUUCCAGAUACCAGCUUUAUCGCGCCUUCCUUCACCAUACAGCGCAUUAAAGCCAGAGAUGUUGGCGCUUUACGCAGUGCUUCAGGUGCCCAACCUGUCGCGGAUCUCCAGAAUUUUAUGAACCAGACAGAGGAAAGUGAAGGACGGCUUAGGAGCUGCUUUUACUCGGGGAACGUAGAUCACGACCAAAACUCGGUUGUGUCUGUCAGUUUGUGCUCCGGUAUCUUUGGCUCCUUCAUAACAGAGGGGAAAGAGUACUUAAUUGAGCCCAAACUUCGCGGCGGACUGGGGCCAGACUCUGCAGAGCAGCUGCAUGUCAUCAAGAGGAGGACAUUCACCAAAAGCCACGGUGUUCCCCUACUGUUUGAUUACGCGGCGGCGGAAAGCCGAGCGGAGAAGCACAAUGGGGAAAGUUUUACGCACGGCGACAGUGACGCACAGAGGGAACCUCGCCGGAGACGCUUUGUUUCCGCGCCACGGUUCAUAGAGACCCUGGUGGUAGCAGACGCAACCAUGACCCACUUCUAUGGAGAUGAAAUAAAGCACUACAUUCUGACCCUGAUGUCGAUAGCCGCCCAGCUUUACAAGCACCCCAGCAUAAAGAACUCAGUAAACAUGGUCUUGGUUAAGAUGUUGGUGGUGGAGGACGAGGAGGUUGGCCCGGAGGUCUCCAGCAACGGAGGUGUGGCUCUUAGGAACUUCUGCUCCUGGCAGCAGAUCUUCAACCCACCAAGCCAGAGGCAUCCAGAGCACUAUGACACUGCCAUGCUCUUCACCAGAGAGGAUAUCUGUGGACAGAAGAGCUGCGACACGUUGGGUGUGGCUGAUGUCGGGACAAUGUGCGAUCCCAAGAGAAGCUGCUCAGUUAUCGAGGACAACGGCCUGCAAGCUGCCUUCACAGCUGCACAUGAGCUCGGUCAUGUGCUGAGUAUGCCUCAUGACGACUCCAAGACCUGUGAGAGGCUGUUUGGAGAUCUGGGAGGACAUUACCUGAUGGCUCCUCUGUUUGUCAGCCUCAACAGGACUGCACCUUGGUCUCCCUGCAGCGCUCUCUACAUUACAGAGUUCUUUGACAACGGACAUGGGGACUGCCUGCUGGAUGUCCCAGAGAGUACCAUGCCGUUGCCAAGAGAGCUGCCAGGCACCAAGUACAGUCUGGACCAGCAGUGCCAGCAGAUUUUUGGAGAGGAGUUUGUCCACUGCCCCAACACCUCAGACAGUGAUAUUUGCAGCCAGCUGUGGUGUCAGGAGGACGGGACGCCGCAGUGCUCCACUAAGAAUGGCAGCUUGCCCUGGGCUGACGGAACCCCCUGUAGCCUCAAUGAGACCUGCCUCCACGGAGUGUGCCUGUCGACCCAGGAGGUGAUGCAGCCGCUGGUGGUUGUGGACGGCGGCUGGAGCUUAUGGGGACCGUGGCAGCAGUGCUCCAGAACAUGUGGAGGUGGGGUGGAGUUCUCCUAUAGGGAGUGCACUGACCCUGUGCCUCAGAAUGGCGGGAACUACUGUGAGGGACAGAGGGUUCAGUACCAGUCCUGCAACACACAGCCCUGUGACAACAACGAGGGAAAGAGUUUCAGAGAGGAGCAGUGUGAGAAGUACAACAGCCCCAACUACCUGGACUACAAUGGGAAUAUGAAACAGUGGAUACCAAAGUAUGCUGGUGUUUCUCCCAGAGACAGAUGCAAGUUGUUCUGCAGGGCCAGGGGCAGUAGUGAAUUUAAGGUGUUUGAAUCCAAGGUGAUUGACGGGACGACCUGUGGCCCUGACACCACAUCUGUGUGUGUGCAAGGCCAGUGCGUGAAGGCAGGCUGCGACCAGGUGAUUGGAUCCAACAAGAGAGUGGAUAAGUGUGGUGUGUGUGGCGGAAGUGGGCUCACCUGUAGAAAGAUCACAGGCUCCUACAACAAAGCAACCUAUGGAUACAGUGACAUUGUCACAAUUCCUGUUGGCGCUACAAACAUUGACAUCAAACAGCGGAGCCACAGAGGAAUCAAACAUGAUGGGAACUACCUAGCUAUAAAGAGAGAUAGUGGCGGUUACAUCCUCAACGGUAACUUCUCUGUAUCCACAGUGGAGCAGGACAUUCCCGUGCUAGGUGCUGUGCUAAAGUACAGCGGCUCCUCCACCACACUGGAGAGGAUCCAGAGCUUCAGGCAGCUGAAGGAGGCCAUCACCAUCCAACUCUUGGCCACUGCGGGGGACGCCAACCCUCCCAAAGUCAAAUAUACCUUUUUCAUCCCUAGAGAUGUGACCUUCAACAAAUCCAAGGAGAAGAAGGGCUCGUUGCCGUCUUUCCAUAUGAUCCAUCCAUUCGGCAUGCCUGACUGGGUGCUGGAGGAGUGGUCUGAGUGCUCCAAGAGCUGCGGCUCCGGAUGGUCCAGGAGGAACGUUGAAUGCCGAGACAGCGCGGGCUUCCUCUCCACCCAGUGCGACAAAGACCUGAAGCCUGUAGACAUCAGGCCUUGUGGAGAUCUGCCAUGCCCCAUAUGGCAGAUGGGACCUUGGUCUGCCUGCUCACGAACUUGUGGCCAGGGGGAGCGCCGUCGCAGCGUCUUCUGCAUAGACUACACUGGGAAGACUGUUGAACCGGAGAAGUGCGAUCCGAACAAAAUCCCAGAGCCACUCUCAGGAGAAUGUCUCGAUCAGGCGUGCUUAUGAGAAACAUGAGUACAGUGAACAUUCCCUUUUUGGUCUGACUGCACUUACCAACCAUGGAUGGAUUACUGAAUGGGCACACCAGGCACAGGCCCAGGGGUCCAAGGGGUCAGGGGGCAGAGACACGAAACAACCACAGAACAACUACAAAGAGACACAAAACGACCACAAAUCGACCACAAACAAAAACAAAGCGACAACAAAGAGACACAAAACAACCACAAAGAGACACAAAGCGACAACAAAGAGACACAAAACGACCACAAAGAGACACAAAGCGACAAUAAAAAGACACAAAACAACCACAAAGAGACGCAAAAUGACCACAGACACAAAUCGACCAAAAACAGACACAUUCGACAACAAAGAGAUACAAAACAACCACAAAGAGACACAAAGCGACAACAAAGAGACACAAAACAACCACAAAGAGACACAAAAUGACCACAAAGAGACACAAAACGACCACAAAUCGACCACAAACAGACACAAAGCGACAUCAAUGAGACACAAAACAACCACAAAUCAACCACAAACAGACACAAAGCAACAACAAAGAGACACAAAACAACCAUAAAGAGACACAAAGCAACAACAAAGAGACACAAAGAGAAACAAAAUGACCACAGACACAAAUUAACCACAGACACAAAGCGACAACAAAGACACACAAAACAACCACAAAGCAACAACAGAGAGACACAAAACAACCACAAAGAGACACUGAGAUUUGGAGAGUUCUGGUUCCGCUGCAAAAUGUGGUUCAACUGCAUCACAUCGUUUGUAUUCCUUUUGUGUCUCUUUCAGACUGGGGGUCUUGCUUCUAUGUAGGAUGGGGUGGGGGGCCUUUUACAUGUCUGUGCCCAGGGGCCCAUUGCCUCAUAAUCCGUCAAUAUUACCAACUGGUUGCGUCAAGUCACAUCAAGGGCAUUUGUCGGAAUAUUGUUUUGUCAUCGUUUAUUGACAUUUGACAACCACUAUUGAGAUUUGAAACAAUGGAAAUCUACCUCAGGAUGUACAUGUGAUGCUAUGUAUAGAUGCUAGAUGAAGGUGCUGUGUGUGUGUGUUUUCUCCAGAAAGAGAAGUUUUCUAGUCCCAUUUUAAACAGAAACUAACUUUUUGGAUGAAGUCUGGUAUAAUCUGCAAUAUGUCUUUUUAAGUUAACUGUCACUUAAAGUGGGGCUAGAACAACGGCAUAAAACCUGCUGUCAAACACCAGCACAGUGUAAAUAUACCUCCAAUUGUCCUCCACAGAACUCAAACCCCUUUGAUCGAGCCAUUAACCUACUAUUGAGGUAGGUACAUACGAUUGAUGCAUUGGGAUUUUAAGCCUCUGGGAAAUGUGCUCCUGUUUGAUUGCUUCUCUUUUCUACACACAUACCAAAAUGUGAUUUGUGUUAAAUGAUUGUGAUGAACAUGUCAUGUUUUUAUCCUGAAAAUUAGCAUUGUUGAACUAACUGUCAUUGAAUGGAAAACCAUUCAAUGACACUAAAUCUGACAAUAUUUUAGACUUUAAAGUGUUAGUUAGAACCUACAUCAGAACUGAUUGUUUCAAUGCCGAACUAGAUGUGUAGAAUUUAUGGAAAUUGAUAGUUUGAGUCUACACAGUGUGUAAAAUGAAUUAGCCUAGAUAAUGACUGGUCAUGCAUGACCAGAACAACCCAUGACAGAUAAUUUCCCUCUGCCCUGUAGUUUAAUUUUAGCUUUUUCCCAGGUACAUUAUAAUGCAGUUGAGAGGAACAUUGGUACAAACAAUCUACAAUGCAACAAAUGUUUCUUUGGCGGUGUUAUUACUAAGUUAAGUGAUAAGCAUACUACUAUCUAUCGUG